AUGGCAUUCAGAGUCUUGUUCUGUAGCCUUGUAGUUUUGUUGGUUUCCUUGCUCCAUUUUGCUACUUUUGCUUCCUCCACAACUCCUUCUAUGGCUGCUACAGCUGAAGUAGGUAAAGCAUUUUAUAAGGAAGCAGAAGCUCUUCUAAACUGGAAAGCCAGUCUUGACAACCAAAAAAAAUCUCUCCUAUCUUCGUGGGUUGGAGACCGCCCAUGCAUUAAUUGGGUUGGAAUUACUUGCGAUGACUUGGAGUUGGGUGUCACUCGCUUAAACCUGUCAAGUUUUGGUUUGAAAGGUACGCUUUACAACCUUAAUUUCUCAUCCUUUCCCAACCUCCUUACUAUUGAUCUAUCAAAAAACUCGUUUUAUGGAACCAUUCCUGACAGUAUUUUCAACCUUUCCAAUCUGACCCAUCUUGACUUGGCUGACAAUAAUCUUUCUAGCACCAUUACUCCCAGGAUUGGUAACCUUUCCAAACUCCUGUUUCUUCAUCUGUCUCGCAAUAAUAUCUCAGGAAGAAUUCCACCCGAGAUACUCCAAAUAACAAGUCUUCAAAUCUUUUGGUUUUCCAAUAAUAUGCUCAAUGGUUCCAUCCCUCAAGAGAUAGGAGUAUUAAAAGAUCUAACUCAACUUGCUUUAGAUGUAAAUAAUCUCAGAGGCCCCAUCCCAGCUUCUAUGGGAAACUUGAGCAAUUUAUUUUUUCUUCAGCUUCAAAACAAUGAACUUUCGGGAUCUAUUCCUCAAGAAAUUGGAAAGUUGGGCAACUUAAACAUACUAUACCUUUUAAACAACAGUUUUUCUGGUUCCAUACCCCGAGAAGUUGGAAUGAUGAGAUCUCUCACUCAACUUGAUUUGUCAUCUAAUUUUCUCAUUGGUCCAAUUCCCUCUUCCAUUGGAAACUUGAGCAAGUUACAACAACUUUACCUUUAUAGAAACAAACUUUCUGGACCAAUUCCAACCACUAUUGGAAAUUUGACCAAGCUUACCACUUUAGCUUUGUUCUUGAAUGAACUAAGUGGUUCAAUUCCCGCUUCUUUUGGAAACCUAGCUGCCUUGUCUGACCUACUCCUUGCAGAAAACAAACUUUCUGGACCAAUUCCAACCACGAUUGGAAAUUUGACCAAGCUUACCACAUUAGCUUUGGACUCGAAUGAACUAAGUGGUUCAAUUCCCGCUUCUUUUGGAAACCUAGCUGCCUUGUCUAUCAUAGUCCUUCAAGAAAACAAACUUUCUGGAUCAAUUCCAUCCACCAUUGGAAACUUGACCAUGAUCACCACAUUGGGUUUGGGGAUGAACCAUCUAAGUGGUUCUGUUCCAGUAGAAAUGAAUAAUCUCACCCGUUUGACAAGUUUGCAACUAUCUGACAACAAUUUUGUAGGCCAGUUACCUCCACAAAUAUGCCAAUCUGGAACACUUGUUUACUUUGGUGCCAUUAAUAACCACUUUAUAGGUCCUAUCCCAAAAAGCUUGAAAAAUUGCAGUAGUCUCUUUCGGGUUCGACUUGAUGGAAACCAUCUGACAGGAAAUAUAGCAGAAGAUUUUGACAUCUACCCGAACUUAAACUAUAUUGAUUUGAGUAGUAAUAAUCUGUAUGGUGAGCUUUCAUCAAAGUGGGGGCAGUGUCAUAACUUGACAAACCUAAAAAUCUCCAACAACAAGAUUUCUGGUAGUAUACCACCUGAAAUUGGCAACGCAACAAUGCUAGGCGUCCUUGACCUCUCUUCAAAUCAUCUAGUGGGAAAGAUUCCAAAGGAUCUGGGGCGCCUAAAGUCAUUGCUCAAACUUCUUUUGAAUAAUAACCAACUUUCAGGUAACAUUCCUUCAGAAAUUGGAAUGCUAUCUAUUUUAGACCAUUGUAACUUGGCAGCAAACAAUCUCAGUGGCUUGAUCCCCAAACAACUUGGAGAGUGCUCAAGAUUAUUGUUCUUGAAUUUAAGCAGAAAUACACUUGAUGGAAGUAUUCCUUAUGAUAUAGGAAGCUUGCAGUCUCUUCAAAGUCUUGAUGUUAGUAAGAAUUUGCUGGUAGGAGAGAUACCACAAAAGCUUGGAGGAAUGAAACAGUUGGAAACAUUGAAUCUCUCUCAUAAUAAUCUCUCUGGUUCCAUCCCAUCCACAUUCGACGAUAGUGCAAGCUUAACAUCUAUUGAUAUAUCCUACAAUGAGCUAGAGGGUCCUAUUCCUAACAUCACAGCCUUCCACACGGCUCCAAUUGCAGCAUUGCAAAAUAAUAGAGGCUUGUGUGGUAAUGUUGUUGGUUUGAAGGCAUGCUUAAAACUGAUUCCUAAUCCUCUGUCGAAGAGGAGCAACCAAUUUUUGGUAAUAAUUUUACCCUCACUUUUGGGCACGUUGUUUAUCAUAUUUGUCAUUGUAGGAGUUUCACUUCUCCUUUGUCGAAGGGUGAAGAAAAUAGAAGACAAGCCAAGAGAAGCACAUAAUGAUAAUCUUUUUGCAAUAUGGAGUUAUGAUGGGAAAAUGGUGUAUGAAAACAUCAUUGAAGCUACGCAGAAUUUCAAUUCCAAAUAUUGCAUUGGAGUGGGAGGAUAUGGAAGUGUUUACAAAGCUGUCUUGCCAACAAGUCAAGCCGUUGCUGUGAAGAAAUUUCACCCAUUACUUGAUGGUGAGAAAUCCAAUCAAAAAGCCUUUACAAGUGAGAUUCAUACCUUAAUAGAAAUAAGACAUCGUAACAUUGUGAGGUUGUAUGGUUUUUGUUCACAUCCAAAACACUCUCUUUUGGUUUAUGAGUUUUUGGAAGGAGGAAGCUUGGUGAAAUUACUAAAAAGUGAGGAAGGAGCAAAGGCAUUUGAUUGGAUUAAGAGAGCCAACGUCAUAAAAGGUGUGGCAAAUGCAUUAUCUUAUAUGCACCAUGAUUGUUCACCUUCUAUAAUUCAUCGUGAUAUAUCUAGUAAGAAUGUUCUAUUGGAUCAAGAAUAUGAGGCUCACAUCUCUGACUUUGGCACUGCAAGACUAUUAAAGCCUGAUUCAUCCAAUUGGACUUCACUUGCAGGCACCUUUGGAUACAUGGCUCCAGAGUUUGCAUACACAAUGGAAGUCAACGAAAAAUGUGAUGUCUUUAGCUUUGGAGUGUUGACUUUAGAAAUAAUCAUGGGCAAGCAUUCCGAAGAUCUCAUAUCAUCUCUGUCAUCACCAACAAUUACAAUUGGUGAUCUACUAUUGAAGGAUGUGUUGGACCAACGACUUUCACUCCCUACUAAUGAAGUUGCAGGGGAAGUCCUCUCCAUUGCAAAGAUAGCAAUUGCUUGCUUGCACACCAUUCCACAAUCUCGUCCAACAAUGCAGCAAGUUUCUCAAGAACUUUCAACUCGAAAACCACAUUUGCCAAAUACAUUACACACAAUCACAUUUGGAGAAGUAGUUGAUCUCAGAGUCUCAACUGUCUAAUUGCAUUUUGUUUGUGUUCGCCUGUUUGUGCAUUGUUGUUGCUCUACCUUUUCAGAUAUACUCCUCUCCCAAUAAACCAUUUCA